UCUCAGAACCCGCCUUCGAUUUCCAGCUCGAUUUCGAUCUCUCCAAGCGAUUUGAGAUCAAAAAGCUUUCCUCUUUUCUUCAUUUCUCGAAGGAUUUCAAGCUGUUGGCCGUUUCCUUUUUGCUUUCUUUCUUGGUUUCUCUUUGAUUUUUUUUUGCAGGGUGAGGGAUGUCGGCUUCUAGGGCUUUGUUCUGGGAUUCAGGGAGGAACCGACGGCGUGAGUAUGACAGGUUCAUCCAUGUGAUGUCCAGAAGCGAUUUGGAUUUGGCAAAUUAUUGGCUAAUGGAAGCACGGAAAUAUGAGAACUCAACGAUUGAAUCUCCUUAUAAGAGACGCUUGAAGGAGUGUGUUUUUGAGGGGAGAACUCGUGUCCUUUCCAACAAGUCACCCCCUCAAGUUCAGCAUGACUGUCUUUCACUCAAGGCCGUUAACCCGAAGAGGCAAAUUCCAAAGGCUGCUGAUUUUAUACUCGAUGCUCCUGAUAUUCUGGAUGAUUACUAUGUAAAUCUUCUGGAUUGGAGUAGUAGCAACAUUUUGGCAGUUGCUCUUGAUAAGACAGUAUACUUGUGGAAUGAAUCUGAUGGCUCCACCACUGAACUUUCAACAUUUGAUAGCUCUGUCACCAGUGUUAGCUGGUCGCAUGAUGGGCGGAGACUGGCUGUGGGCUUGCACAAGGCUGAGGUUCAAUUAUGGGACUUGGAAUCUCAUUGUCUGUUUAGGAAAUUGCAAGGAGUGCACAAUUCCAGAGUUGGAUCCAUUGCUUGGAACAACCAUAUUCUGUCAACAGCAGGAAAGAAGAUAGUGAAUUUCGACACAAGGGCUGAACCCCGUGCUUUUCAGACUUGUCAAGGGCAUCGAGGAAGAUUAUGUGGACUGAAGUGGUCUCCAUCAGGUCGGCAAUUGGCUAGUGGGGGAGACGAUGGACUUGUGUGCAUAUGGGAGCUCUCAAUGGCUUCCAGUAAUCGAUGGCUUCAUAGAUAUAACAACCACAAAGGCAGCGCUAAAGCCUUAUGCUGGAGCCCUGUGCGCGGUAAUUUGCUUGCUUCUACUGGAGGUGACAGUGAUCAAUGUAUCUUAGUCCGGAACACAAGCACUUGCGAAGUGCUCAGCAUGGUGAAUACCGGUUGUCAGAUUAAUGAAAUUCUUUGGAGUAUUGACGGAAAGGAACUCUUGAGUUCCCAUGGCUCCUAUGACAAUCAACUUAUGUUAUGGAAUUAUCCAUCAAUGACCAAGAUUACAGAUAUUCCUGGUCAUUCCACACGGAUAUUGUUCAUGGCUCAGAGUUCAGAUGGGAGCACAGUUGCAACUGCAGGAGCAGAUGAAUAUUUAAAGAUUUGGAAGAAUGUUUUGCCUAAACAUUCUACCAAGACUUCUCAGCCCUUUGCCAAUGUGAAUCUCAUCCGGUAAAAGAGUAAAUCGGAACUUGUGGUAAGUCAGGUAUUGUUAACACUCUGUUCUUCGUUGUUCCGGGGCCUCUUGCUUUCUAUUUAUUACUCUUGCCAAAACCUUUUAUCCAUUUGGUCUCAGUCUCUUGACAUCAACAGCUUCCAGGUAUGUCUAUUCCACCUUUAGUAUUCUCUUUUGAACUCUCAUUCACAAGGUAGUAGAGUUAUUUUCAAAGACAUGUUUCUAUAAACAUAGAUUUUGCAUUUAAAAAAUACUUAUUAUCUUGAGCAUGGAGAUAAUCAUGCAGUCUUCUGAAUUCGGCUUUAUAAUUUUGAUUUAUAUGCCUUAAUUUCUGUUACAUGCCUCUGACAAUACUUAUUUUCUUUCACCUUUUUCAUAUAUAUAGUUAAAGCUUUUAAAAUGAUGAUUAUUUGAAAAUCUGAAUCUUAAUUGAUACAAUCAUUCUCUGCAAGACUAAGGGUGACAUUCAUGACUUGGAAUUGGGUUUAUAUAAGCUCAAUUUUGACAGAUUACAAUUCAUCUUAGAUUACAUAUAAAUUAACAUUUGUCCAGACUUGAUCUAUAAAUCUCAUGGAAAUAUUUUAAUUGCUGUUUGUAUCAUAGAAAUAUUUCAUUCAUGUUUGCUUGUCACUUGUCAAUAUUUCAUUAGACAAGGGUUUCACUUGAUGAUUUUGUUUCUUGCGAGGAUCAAAAUGACCGGCUUUGCAUCCAAAGGACCAAGACCGUUCACUAGCUGAGAAACAAAGCAUUGGAAUGAUCGAUUCGAGGACUCACACCAACUACAAGAGCAGCAUCAAGCUUUGCAUCCAAAGGACAAAGACUGUUCACUCACUGAGGAAGAAAGCAUUGGAAUGAUCGAUUCGAGGACUCUCACCAACUACAAGAGCAGCAUCAAGGGAGGCUGAGAUUCACUUUGCUCCUGAAAAUGUUUCUGAUUCAACUUCAUCAAGUUUUGGUGCUGACCACAAAAUGCAGAAAUGAUUUUUUUAUUUUCCAUGGUACAUUUUUCUUGUAUGUAUUAACUUUUGAAACAAAUUCACAUUUACAAUUAUUUGCUAUGUUUUUAA